AUGGGUGAAGAGCCCAAUGGAGUCAGGCAGGAAUCCGUCGAGAAGGUUGCUGAGGAAGCGCCACCGGUGGUUACUGCCGACUCGAUUAUUGACGAUCUCGCACGGGUGCUGAAGGAAAGUGGACAGAAGAUCACGAUGGAGGACAUUGCCCUAGCAAUUCGACAGGAGAGGAUAGACCGCGAAAAGAAAGAAGCCGAAGAGAAGGAAAGAAAAAAGCAUAAGAAAAAAAGUUUGGAACAUACUUUCGCGUCAUUCAAAUUUAGUGAAAGAUCGAAAUCCCCGGAUCGAUCCAGCACCAAAAAAGAAAAGGUAAAAUGCCUCGGAUUUGAGAAGGUUUCAUCAGAAGAAGAUGAUCUACCGCUGGGCGCCGACUUCAGCACGUUGCAGGAAACAAUCACACAGGACGCGUUCCCGCUGGAAAAGGAUUUUAUCCCGCCGAAGCAUGACAAACUUCGCAAAUCGGUAUCCCGCUCGCCAUCGCCCGCCUUCACUAAACCCGACAUUUUGAAAAUUGAAGGGGCCGAGAAGGCGAAGAACGAGUUCAUCCCGCGAGCCGUCCGCAAAAUAGCCAUUGCAAAAAUUUCGAUCCCAUCACCAAGUCAAGCGGAUAAAGACGAGAAAGUCGAAAUCAUCAAUGCCGUCGAGGCGCCGAUCAUCAAGAAUGUGGCGAAUGGCGCUUUGGAGACAGCAAAGGACGAGGCUCCUAAAACCGAAAGGCCGACAGAUAUUGCUGAAAUUAGCGAUGGAGAGAUUCCGGAGAGCACCGAAAAAUCGGAAAAGAAGAAGGGUAAGGAACCUUCAGCGAGGGAACGGUCCGCAUCCGCCUCUUCCGACGAUUCCCUGCUGCAGAAGAAGGUCGUCACUUCCACCAAGGGUCGAGGCACACGGCUUGGUGGGAUGAGAAGUGAAGGCACCACUUCUGAUAAACCACGAAGAUCCGGCAAAGACGGCUCACCCUCCCGCAAAGAGAAAUCGAGCCGCCGUUCGCGAAGUCGCAGCGGCUCCCGGUCGCGUGGAACCAAGCGAAAAAGAUCGAGCUCACGUGAUCGACGCAGGUCGCGCUCCCGAAAGUCGCACAGGAAACGGUCACGCUCGCGCUCGCGUGACCGUUCGAAGAAAGAUAGGCCUGAACGCAUUGACAAGGCCAAGCUGCUUUCGAUCGCCAAGCGCAAGUCGAAAUUGCUGAAACAGAUGGGAAUCAUGACGGCGACAGGCGAGCCGACACAUAUGGCAACGGCUUCUGGGAAAUCGGUUGAGGAGCUCGUUGAAUAUUGCCAAAAAGUGUCAAGGCGUGAGGAGAAGGCCGCCCAACGAAAGCGUGGCGAGACCGUGUCGAGUGACAGUGACUUUGACGAUUUUAUGGCUUCGGUGAAGCACCCGUACGCCGUACAGACGUCACAGAACAUUGGCGGAAUCACUAUUAACAUUGCGAAUGCCAUACCACUGCCGAUUCGCUCGGCGCAAGAACGCUUGAUGGACGAGUCGACGUUGAGGAUUUGCUAUCCUGUGAGCAGUGGCGCAAUACACAAAGAGAAAUCGGAUAACGAGUGGCGCCCAGUAGAGAAAGAAACGGUACCCGUUACGGUUACUUCGCUCGUCAAGCAGCACAAGGCGGUCACAAGUCUUCAAGCCGAAGAAGCAAAGAAGAAUGCGACACCCGUCGCGGGCACUUCCACAUUCAUACCGCCUCCCCCGGCGCCACCUUCAUUUGACAACCUUCUGGCGGGCCCGGGCCCUCCACCGAGCUUCGGAGAUCCACUCCUGCCGCCCCCUCCACUUCCGCCAAUGUUCGUGCCGGCCCCUGAAAACAAGAUCAUCCUCAACAAUUCGUCACGAAGACGCGAUAAAACCGUGGAUGUGGGCAAAGUGUUGGCCGAACGGGCAGCCGCGGCGCAGCGGCUCGAAGCCGACCCCAACGACUAUGAUGCUCGUAAGAUCAUCAGGGAAUGCGAUGAGGAUAUGGAGCACUGGGCAACACAGAGCAGGGGAGGCAUCCCCGGCCAAUUCACGGGCUCGACCGGCGUGCGCACUUUAUCCGCUGAUCAGCUUCAGCCUCACGAUCCUCGUUUCCACGCUUGGGUGAAGAAGGACCAGUUCAAGAUCAUGCGCCCGCUGACGACCGGUGUUGGUCUGCGCUUGAUGCAAAAGAUGGGCUGGCGACCGGGUGAAGGGCUGGGCAAGGAUAGCAUUGGCGACCUGGAACCCUUGCAAUUGGACGUCAAAUUUGAUCGCAAAGGCCUGGCUGCGAGCACGGAACAAGCGCCGAAGAACACCAAGAAGGCCACCGGGCUGAUCAUCCCUACGCCCGGAAGCCAUGGUGUAGCAUGGCAGCCCCCCGAUCUAGGAGGCAAAAAUCCAGUCUCCUUGUUGAUGGAGCUGGCAGCUAGGCGGAAAUACCCGGCGCCGAGUUUCCGCUUCUUCGAAGAAGGCCCACCGAAUAACCGACGCUUCAAUUGUGCGGUGAUCGUCAAUGGCAUCGAGUACACACCGGCCAUCUCCUGCACGCAGAAGAAGCUGGCCAAAAAUACGUCCGCGCAGGUAGCGCUUCAGGCGCUGGGCCUGUUGCCGGGCGGC